CAACCUCAAACUGAUCGAAGCAGUGAAGCAGCAAUUUAAGAGCCAGCAAAUACACCCAGCCCGCCCAAUCACCCAACAACUCACAGGGCUACUGCAUGUUCAUAAGCCGCAAUGUCCGCCGCUCCAGCCCCCACGAUCCUUGACCUGAAACUCGCAUUUCUGCGCUCUCAAAUCCAGGCUCUCUCCGCUCCACUGAGAAUCCCAGUGAACUACCAACCUCCUGAUGAAAACCAAGCCAUUCGCCAACGAGCCAUAGAUGACGCUCUCUUCCAACUUAACGCCCGUAUUCAAGAACAUGCCAAACUCGUCUACUCCGCGCCGGCGCAGCGCCAUGUCGCCGAGCAGGUGGACGCAUUGUACUGGAUGGCUGGGGAGCGCGACGUCAGCGGGGAGCUUGCGCGGGGUCAAUUGGAGCUAGGGACAGAUUUUGCGGCGGAUGUCAACAUCACGAGUCUCCCGGAUGCGUGGGAGGAUGAAGAGGAGGUUGCGCAGCGCCCAGAGGAAGCGCAGCGGUAUGUAGAGCUAGCUGCGCACAUUAAGGGGCUCAAUGAUAGGCGCACGGAGUUGAGAGAGAAGGUUGCAAGGUAUAAAGCAUUGAAAGGGAUGCUGGAACCGUUUGAGAAUUCGAAGGAAGACGUUCAGGGGAACCUAUGUACGAGGGAUGGGGAGGUGGAGGCUGAAUUGCAGAAGAUGGGGAUGCUUAUGGCGCGGGUCAAGGGCAGGCUGGAGGGGUUGGAAACAUCACAGAACCAAGGGGAUGAGGAAAUGGACCUUGACUUCUUGGACCAGGAGAAGAAGGCGGAUCUGCUACUAAAAGAUAUUUUGCGGUAAUAGGCCAUCCUCGAUGAUUUGAUAUGACGAAGAUCAUAUGAAAAUUAUACUACGAUACCCUCUUCAUUUGAUUUCACGGUAGAUUUCAAGCAGGCGUGACAGCUAAUGGUGAGAUGCAAGGAUCGGGAUCCCACUGAAAGCGAGAAUCCUCAACCCACAACGUUAAAC